AUGGCUACUCAGACUGGAACCGCCUCGAGAAGGCCAAAGCUGUCUUUGAGCAUCAAGACAUCACCGGCGCCUCAUACAAGGAUCAACAAGUCCUUUUCUGUCGUCGAUCCCAAGGACCCGACCAUCUUCAACACUCUCUCCAACGUCUAUGUGACCGCCAUUGAGAGAUCGACACCAACCGUAUCAGAACCGCUCACGGCCAUCAACACUUCCCAACCACAGCCAUCGCGCUUGCAGAAUGGCUCCAAGACACCGCAGCUCCGUAUACAGACACCGUAUGCAGUCUCAUAUCCCGAAACUCCAUUGACCGCACACCCUCUCUCGCCCGGCGUCGCAAUGGAGAUUACCUUCCCGAGUACCAUGACAGCCACUCCACCUCUUUCCGCCGGUCCUGUAGAGCCCAACGGUCCUCAGAUGUUUGGCUUCUCACCGGUCGACACAAAGACCCCGCUGACGGCCAUCGGACUCAUCACCAACCAGCUGGGGCCGCGCUCUGAAAGGAAACGCAACAACUUGACCCUUGCGGGUUCAAAGCUCCCCUACACCCAUCCCCGCUCCCUCCACAGCAUCCUUCGCAACUCGCCUCUCCCUCCCUCUAGUGCCAAAACCCCCGUCUCACCGCGCCGGCAAUCCCUACGCUUGCAGGAAAAGGCCGCCCGCCGUGUCGCCUAUAACAGCCCCAUCGAGCAGACCAUUACGACGAACACGUACACUAAGUCUCACAUCGACCUGCUCGUCGAAGAUGUCUCACCAGCAUCACCGGCACCAGCCCAGGAGCCAAACACCGUAUUGAACCUAGCCAUGGCUUUCACGAGCGAUGAGACCCGUGACGGCGGUAUGACACCCGGGCCCUUUGAGGAGAUGCGGCGGCGGAUGGCGGGUCUGGCGGCCAACUCGCCACCGGUCAGUCCCUCCGGGGGCAUCAGGAAGCGGAAGCGCAAGGAAAAGAAGCGCCGGUGGGUCUGGACGAUCGGCAACCAGGAGGAGGACGAGGAGAACUUGGGCGGCGCCGUGGCGGCUUUGCGAGCGGCCGAGCCGGCGGCGGCUGGCGCACACAUGCCAGUGUCCUCGUCCUCUUCCUCACAGAAGAAGCCUGCGGCUGCGGCUCCGACUCUGGAGGUGCAGACCUGCGGCGAUCUCCCGACGCCUAGCGUCGAGACGUUUGAAGAGGCUGGCGAGGACGUGGAGAUGUCGGACACGAGCAGCAGCGUCUCUUGUGAUCGGGGGCUAACGCCAGGGGAUAUGGAGAUUGAUCUGGUGACGCCGACGGUGUCGAAGCAUCUGGUGUCACAGAGUGAUAGGCUGGGUUCAGCGGAUCUAAUCAAUCCGGAAACUGGGAGUCGGCGGGACACGCCCAUACCCCCUGACAUGAUUGUUCAUCGAUGA